UAACCCAGACCUUGGACAAAAAACGAAAGUAGACCGGUUGUGUAGGAAUCGAUAUAAUUCUUCACUAUAAAAACCGACGAAUUCGUUGAAUUUGUAUCAGUUUUUUUGACAACUUCAACAAUAACAACAAGAUGGCAUCCAAAGUAAUAAUUUUCGCUGCCUUUUUGGCCUUCGCCAACGCCGGAUACAUCGGAGAAGCACCAGUAGCUGCUUACUCCCCAGUAGUUUCAAGCUACGCCGCAGCUCCAGUUUUAACCGCACCCGGUGCCGUAUCAAAAUCCUACGUACAAACCUACACCAGCCAUCCGACACCAGUAGUCAAAGCUCCCAUCCUAUCCACUUAUUCCGCUCCUUUGGCACUCCCAAAUCCAGUCGUAUCCACUUACUCCGCACCGCUCGUUUCCAAACAAAUUGCUCCAGUUACUUACGCAGCACCAGGUGCAGUUACUUACGCGGCACCAGGUCCAGUGACUUACGCAGCACCAGGUCCAGUUUUAUCCGCUUAUUCAGCUCAUCCGGCAGUUUAUUCUAGCUACUCCGCACCGAUCGUAGCUAAACAAUAUGCACCUGUUUCGUACGCAGCACCGGCUCCAGUAUUGUCGGCGUAUUCUGCACCGUUUGCAGCUAAAUCCGUAGCUCCUCUCGCUUACGCCGCCCACGCUCCAGUUAUUUCUUCAUACUCUGCAGGUCCGGCUUUACACCAUUUGUAAAUAAUAAUUACAUAAUGUUGAUGUGAUUUAUUUAUUGAAAAAUAAUAGUGUAAAUUUUUAAAAAUAUAUUG